AUGCAUCGCCUCGUGUUGCUGCUGGCCGCAGCGCUGCUGGCUGCGGUCUCCUUGGCGCAGAGCAGCGGCACCAAGUCGGGCUGCGAGGUGUGCGCGUCCACGGGGGACUGCUCCCGAGCGUACCGCGGCGAGCCCGGCCAAUUCUGCGGUAACUGGCUGGACCGCGAGACCAACCGACGCCCGUGCUGCUGCCCGGACGACGCCGUCUGCAAGGUCUCCAACUACGCCUGCAACUGCGGGUACGCGGUCAGCUCGGACCCGUCCCGCGACGGCGGCUACGAUCUAACGUGGCUCUGGUGGCUGCUCGGGUCGCUGGCGCUGCUGCUCUGUUGCUGCGGCUGCUGCUUCAUGGCGUCCAAGCAGUCGAAAUACCAAGGAGGAGGCGCGGACAUGGCCAUCCCAGUCGCGACCCCCGUCACGGGCGGCGCCUCCAGCCCGCCCUACGGGACUGCAUCGACGACGUAUCCUAGCGCGCCGACCGAGCCGGGCUACGCUGCGGCCACGCCGGCCUAUGGCCGAUACUACGGCCAAAGCAGAGACGGCGGAGGAGGAGGAGGUGGUGGUAUGGGCGCUGGCACGGGUGCGGCUUUGGGUGGCACCGCUGGGCUUGUCGGAGGGCUGCUACUCGGGCACUCGCUCGCCGAUCACGGUGGACAUGACGGUGAUGCUGGAGGCUUCGACGGAGGAGGUGGCGGCUUUGAUGGUGGAGGUGGUGGUGGUGGUGGUGGUGGUGGAACUUUCGCUGGAGAUUUCUGA